AUGAAGGCAUUUUUCCUCGUUGCUGCUUUGUUGUUAGGUACCUCUAGCGCAAAUCCACAGGCAUCAAAAAGAACUCUAACUUGUUCAAGUAAGAGAAUAAUAAUCCCUUUUAGAAUUUUUUUGUUUUUCGAACUCCUUUAACUUGACUAAAAUCUUUCAUAAUUUUAUUUGUGGUUAAAAAAAUAUUAAUAUUAAAUGACACAGGCCUAUAACUGAACUGUGAUCUUGCCCAACUGAGUUAAAAAGAAAUUCUUUCUGAUAAAAGGAUACAAGAACAGCACUGGUUAUUUGACCAGUAGUUUUAGGCUUGGGUCAAUAGCUUUACCCGCCAGGUUAGAAAAUGAAAAUAGUUUAUUGGUGGUUACGGUGGAACAGGGCCUGAGGAAAUGGAACGUUAGCAUUUAGAAGUAAAUUUAGCAUACAGAAGUAACUCGUUGUCCUUAUUUGCAGUAAGGCCCGUGAUAUGUUACGCGACUCUUUUUUGUUUCACAAAAUUUGGGAUGCAUAUAUGAACAGCGGCGAGUCCUACUCUGCUCUAACGCUAGGUCCUUAUCUCGGCCACAUGCACGCAAGCCAAACUGUGGUUUCGGUACAAUAGCAUCGGAACUGGUCACUUAUCUUAAGACUAGGAUAAACUUUCUUCAUCGUUUUUCAAUAACAUUGUUUUUUUAUUAUUAAUAAUAAACCCUUUUUACUUUCUAAAUGACUGUUUUUUAUACGAUCUUACUUAUUUAUUUAUUUUAUUUAUUUAGAAUUUCCGCGUCAGCUAUCAGGAAGACUCUAUUUGGUGAGAGAAACUUUUUUAUACUAAACUCCCCAUUCGAACAAACUAGUGAGUAAUAACCAAAUAUGCAAGCGAAUAUAACUGUUCAGUGCGAGAGCACAUUGACGAAAAACUAGCAAAAACUGAGCAUCCCAGUCCUCGUGUCACUUCAACCGAAAACAAGUCAGAUUUUUUUACCGAACUACUUUUGAAGUUGUCGUCACCUAUUUUUCCUUUUAUGUCACUGCUUAAGCAAAACAUGAAAAACACGAGAAUAAGGAGCAUGAUCUUCUCUCUUGUCUUUCUUUUCCUUUUCUAUUGGUGGAGAAAGGGGUUACCGGUAUUAGAAUAAUGAUGAUCGUUAGCAGCAAAGUCUUGAACGGGAGUGCUUAAUAUAUGAAUCUAUAUAGAGAGAUAGUGUUCAAGUUUGUUCAACGUUAUUUUGCCAUUGCUAUUGAAACAGAAGUAGAAAAACAUCCAGAAUUUUGCUAAUAAAACUUUCUAUGCUAUUCACCAUGACAAAAAUAUUUUAAACUCGUGCAAAAAUUUGUCUGCAUGGAUACUACUUUCAGUACCAAUGCCCAAGAAAGGUUGGACUUAAAAUGUCUUCUUCUUUUUUGUUAAUAUACCCUCCAUAUCCAUGCAUGAUUCAGAGAGGAGACAUGCUUUUUAUCGGAAUUAUAUUGAAAAUCAUGAAGUCGGUCCAAACAUCAAAGAUAAGCUUCUUAUCUUGGAGAACAGCAAAAACUCUAUUAGGACUUUUCGCAGCAGAAAAUCAAAAGUAAGAAAACUUCCGAUGUUUAACUUGUAGACCGAAGAACAGGGUACGUACGACGUGAGAUUCAAUUUGGACAUUGAGAGACAGUUUUUCCAAGCAGAGUUUACGGAACAUGGGGAGAAAUUUUCAAUGUAUUUGGACCAAAAAAAUGUAAGUAUUUUUAAGCAUUUCUUUUAGGAGAUUUGAAAUGUUUUGCGUCUUGUAUGUCGUCAGAAUAAGAUUUAGGCCCUGUCCACACUAAUGCGGUUUCAAAAGUAUGCGUUUUCGUUGUCAUCGAAAACGGAUCGAUCGAUUCGAGUCACCACUACCGUUUUGACUCUUUUUGUGACUGUUCACAAAAAAACGUCCGAAAACGAUAGAGAUGUGCACUUUGUGACGUAAGUUGAACUCUAGGAGAAUGCUAUAAACACACGCGCCAGCGAUAUUUUCGUUCAUCGUUUUCAUGCAUAUUUGAUCCGUUUUCCACUGUUUUCGACCGUCCACACUAAUACGAUCGUUUUGAUCCACUUUCAACGGCAUUUUCAAAUUGAUGCGUUUUCGAUGAAAACGCUUAGCGUAUAAGUGUGGACGGAAGAGGGCCUAAGCGCAUCGAAAUGUAUUCGUUUUCAAACAAAAAUGAAUUAGUGUGGACCAGGCAUUAGUUAACAGAUCUAGAUCAUGACGGCAAACGACAAACGUUAACUUGUACCUCUACGUGAGUUUUUCCGUCCACAUGUCAUUAACUGCUCAUUAUCUCUAUACAGAUAUUAGUAGUUUCAAAACAGAUUGAUCCAUACAGUCACAUUUUGUGAACAUUAUAACCAAAGGAUUAUACCUGGUCAGGGAGUUUCAAGUUAACAUAAAUUACAGCAUCUUUGUUUUCAUCUUUGCUGUUAUUUGCCGCCUUUAUAAUCAGUCCCCUCUCCCAUCUAUGAUUAGACUUCAAAAACUCACCAUUUGCUACUGUGUAUGAGCUUUCAAAAUGUUUACGGUUCUAAAAUUUUGGAUGUUUUGUAGAACAAGUAUUACUUGGUCCACCCAGGUGGGUGCAUCGCUGGCGACCCUAGCACGGCACAGAUGUUCCCGCUCAACCCCGGAGAAUUCAGCCAAUAUCUAACACCAGUUGCCUCUGGUAAACUCGGAUUAAAUGGAGCUUCCGUUAACCUGUAUUCAGUCAAAACAGAUGAAGGUAAGAAUUCAGAGAUGCAUUGAAUUUUUGCUAGUGCCAUCAAUUAAGCUGGUAACAGAUUCAGGGUUUUAUUAAUCCUAAAGAAGGUAACUAUGUCGUUAAAUAAAUGCAAAGAAUAUCAUCGCAGUAAAAGACGCUACUUAUACAACUGCGAAAAGAAGUGAAGCCAGAAAAAUUUCAUACUUGCGGGGGAAAGUUGCCUCUUAAACUGAGAUGAUCAGUUUUCUUUGUAUUUAUUUCUUCUUUGCGGUUCAGCUAUAUGAAAAUUCAUAAACCCAUUAUUUCAUAUUUCAUUACAGCAACUCAGCCAGAUAACCACUUAGGAGACUAUAACCAGCAUUGUCCCUAACACUGGAAAAAUCAUGCUCAGUUUACUGUUUUUCUACUUGGUAUUCAAAACUGUUACUGAUCCAGGUCUACACAGGAUCCAGUUGUUUGGUGUUUUGCUGCAGUUUUGACUUUAUUUGUGUUUUUGAUACAAAUUGUCCCUAACGCCUGGGGUCGUUUCUCUGCACAAUUACCUGGAAACACUUACCUUAAUCAACCCCUAACCUACUUUCGCAACUAGAAAAAGUUAUAAUUCCUGAGGAGAAAAUGCAUUAGAAUGGUCACACAUUAUGCUUCUCAUCAUAUUUCAAACCGCGAUGAAUUCUGUUUUUCAGGUUCCGGUAUGGUGACUUUGGAGGGUGGUGAUGCUUGCAUUCCAGUGACCUUUGCCUAUCAUGACGAUUCCAGUUCGGACUAUGCAAGGUACGUAACGUUGCUCAUCACUAUUUUCGAGUUUUCUUAGUCCGAUCAUCUGGUUUAAUAGGCAUCAAACUGUAUUUUGCCUACCCAUAGCAUGGGCACGAAUUGUGAAAUCGCAACUUAAACAAAGGGCAACCACAAUCAGGGUGUUCCCACGUUCUUCCGACACUACCGUCUAAUUCAACACAGACAAAUAGAGCCUUCCCUUCCCUAUUACCUUUUAGAGUUGUUGUUUCGCUGCUCAAAUUUGACUGUAAAAAACAGCAAACAAGCCAACUUAGCAAAUAUUUCUUAGGUAUUUAUUGACAAGAACACUUGACUUGAAAAAUCAAUUAGCGCAUGUACAAAGCUGAAAUAGCAGAAAAUCUAAAACAUCUUCCGUCGACAAACUGCUCAAUUACCUGGAUUUUAAAAUGCCAUCAGUUCACUUCUUAAUUAUGGUCUCAGUCUUAUGCAAAUAGUUUGAAAAAAAAAAAAUGAAAUAGAAUAAAAUUAACAAUGAAGGGCGUGGUCGGGGUAGGGGUUGAAUCCAGUUUUAUUUUUCCGCCAAAAUAUAGUACAUUUCAUGAAAGUUUCUAACAACCAAAGCUGUUACCGAUUGUAGCAGUAGGUUGUUAUUAGAACUCCCACGAAGAAGUGUUAGUCCGUCAGUAUAAGCAAGGGUCAAAAGUAAUCACGUGUAUUCCCUAAGUGGGGAAAAACUCAAAAGGCUACAGUAUCUUGUGAAAGGGUACUUGUAACAUGAAACCCGCUCCAAGGAAACAGACAACAGCUUGCACAGGAGUUUUAACGAUAAAACUAGUUUUAUCCUUUGCCAAAAGAUCUGUCCUUUUUUGGUUGGCCCCCAGGGGAAAAUUCCUGCUACACAACAUAUUGAGUGCUUCAUUCCCACACCCCCUGGAAUUCUGUAACUCCUUCCUAAGAUAUCCAUCUUAAAUAAUGAUUACUUCAUUUUAUAUCUAGUUAUUUUGAUUUGCAACCUUCGGUGGACCCCAAAAAGAUGAAAAUACCCGAGGAGUGCAUAAAUGGUCGUCCCUCUAUUCCAGCAAGACUUGUGCGCAUAAGCGAAGCAGUCAAGAGGGGAUUUACAGGAAUCACGGUCAAUAAACGGGGAUUUCCUUGGACUGGCGCUUACGAAGGCGUUCACAAAAGGGGAUUCCCCUGGGUCACACAAGGGUGAUACAUAAAUGAAGUCUCAAGGAUUGGUCGGUUAAGCCCAUAAGAAAGUCUUACGGAAGUCUCAUUUCAAGUAGUAUAUUAGAAUGCAACACUUAAAAUGUAAAAUAUAAAAAACGUAGAAUUUAGUUGUAUUGUUGCAUAUUAAAGUUAAUGUCAUCAGGUGGCUGGUUUCUUCCUUGCUUAUCAAUUAAAAAAACACAAGUCAGUCGAGAAUUUCUACGGUUUCGUGUAAGCUACCUACGCUAGAAUCAUGAAGGCACACUGGCUCACGGAAGUGCAAAAUUGCCUUUAAACAACAAGAAAAAAACGUAACUCAGUAUUGUCCAAGGCAUCAGCAAGCAAACCAAAAUUAAUCAGUUUGAGCGAUUUUCGCCGCAAAGAUCACUUUUAACUUGGCUCCAUCCCGUGUUAUCAAGAUUUGGUCCAGUUGUCCCCUAGCGCUGGCUCUUAAAAAAAAGCCUUUUAAAAAAGGAAGAUUAAAGGUAUGUUUACGGUGGAAAGUGCUCAUGCUCACCUAACUAGACAGUUUACAGGCACCCCACUCAAAUUAUUAGAAACGAAUAAUCCAAAUAGAACAUUACAUGAUAAAAAAUCCCAGCUGACAGGAGGCAGCAAGUUGACUAUUUGCAAGCGCGGGCGAGGUUUUGAACUCAGGAAAACCGAGAACAAAACAAACAAGUGGCCGGUUUGUGACUCCGACGCGCUGAACACUCGGCAAAUAAGGCCUCAGUAUGUCAGCCUAGGUUUAGAACUAUUUUCCCACCGAACAUUUUCCCUCAUAUUUUUGCUCUAUUUUUCAGCACAGAUAUUUUAUCCUCAUUUCAAUUUGCAUUUACGUCUACAGUUGAAAUCAUCCGCGCGGUAUUAGCUUAGUCGGUAGAGCGCUUGAGUUCAGAGUAGGAGGUCGCAAGUUCGAUUCCAGGGGCCGGCCAAGGCUCACUCCCUCUGCACUGCAAGCGGCUUGACCUUCGCGUUGCACGGAUGACCACAUAAAAUGGCGGUCCGCUCCCCAGUAGUGCAUUUUUUUUCCAUUCUGCUUCAGUCCUUUCACGGCUUUAUAAUAGUGAUGAAUUCAACAGAUUGCCCUGCUCCCAAUAUAUGGGUCUUCAUAACAUGGAGGCCAUGGGUUCGUUCCCCGUAAAAACCAUGGCGUUUUUUGGGGCUUAAUUUUCAUUGCAAUAUGCUUAAAUUUGACAUUAUAACUGUAACAGGCGGUGAUAUUUUCAUAUAAAUCAGUUGUCACUUUCUUGCCAGAUUCUGCUGACCCUCAACUUCGAGGAUGAAAUUUUUUAAAGGGCCUGUGUCUUGCCUAUGUCGUGGCUGGCUAGUUCACUUGUUUAUAAUGCCAAUUAGGCGUCCUUAUACGUGUAAAUGACAAAAGCACAGCUUCCCCCAAACAAUCUAUCUCCCAAGCAUUAUAUCAAACGUUACAAACAACGAAAAUGAACUUUGAAACACUGUGUGUUAGGUUUACAAGUUUCAUCUUCAACUUUGUCCAUCCGUGCCUCCUAUAUAUCUAGCCGAUUUUUUAAAAACCAACCUAACGAAAUUUGCAGCAGAAGAGAAAAAAACAAUGGUUGCCCACUUAGUUUUUAUAAUAGCUACUUUUGGCCAGAAAAAAAACUGUUGGACGCAAAAGGUCCAUUUUGGUAAUAACGUUUUCAAAAAUCCGGCUAGAACAUCCUUCAAAAUGAGCAGCCACUUCGAAAUGGCACAGUUUGAAAGAUUGGCAGAAUUAUUUGGAAACAUCUAGCCGUUUUUUUGAAACCCUACCUAACGAAAUUUGCACUCAUUUGAGUGAAAAGACGUCAAAAGGCAGAUUUUUUAAGCCCUACAAGCUCCAAAAUCAUAGGAACGGCUCCAAAAUCAUAGGAACGAAGGAAAAAGAAAGGAACAAGAGCGAGGAGGAGGAAAGGAGGAGAAGAGUAAAAAGCAAUGGUUGCACUCUUAGUUUUUAUAAUAGCUACUUUGGCCAAAAAAAAAAUGUUGAACGCAAAAGGUCCAUUUGGCGAUACCUUCUAAUAAAUCUUUUGAGCUGUUAUUUUUACGUUUCACUCAGUUUUUUCAGUAGUUCUGUCACUCGGUCUGAAUUUUGAUUAAUUCCUUGACACAGCUCUUUAAGGUGUUUCGAUACAGCUUUUCGGAGACCAUGGCGAUAUUUCUCAAUUGCCUUAAAGUGAUUUUAUCCUUGUCCGAUGGCCAUAAAAUUUUCACUACUUGAACUUUGUCAAAAUUUAGUUUUAAUUAAAAUCUAUACUACCAUCUGAUAACAAUGAUAAACAAAACUCUCUGAAAUCAGUCAAAGACGAAUUUGGCGACAUCUAGGCCUGCUUCGAAAAUCCGACAUCAGGAACUUAAAGUGUGGUGUUUGGCAAAUAAUCUCCAUGAGAAUAAAAAAAUCUGUAUGUUUGAAUUUCAAUAAAACGCAAAUAAAUUUCAAAACUUAUAUUUUUAAUAGUCGAGAUAAAAAGAUCAUAUUUUUAUGCUAGUAAAUUCUGGGGUAUUUCCUUGUUUGCGAUCUUAGAAACUAACUUCCAUUCCAAAAGCAACUCGGUUGUGCAAACGCUCUUUUUCAUAUAUCUCACGGAUGGCUCGAUAGAAUUCUUUAAAAUAUCAAAACGCAAUCUUCAUGGCGUGCAUAAUAAUGUGUCAAUUAAACUUUCAUUAACAUGGAUUCACUGCAACAUCCUGCCCUCAAAUUCCAAGCAGAAGCCACUGGUUUGAGGUUAUGCUAAUUUUUUCAAAUUAAUGCGCGAUACUUACCAUCAUGACUGGAUGACUACAUGCGCAUUUGAUCAUUUGAUAUAUGUUUAUUUGCGUAAUACCAAAUAAUAAAUAUUAUUAUUAUUAUUAUUAUCAUGAUAAUGAUUGGCUCGUGGUCAAAACUCGAGCGCAAGAACAGUCCCAUGAUGCAAUUAGAAACAACACCAAACCAGUUUUACUAGCAACUUCCUAGAAGCUUGCCCGCUUUUCCUUUGUUUAUGGGGCUCGUGAACUUGACAAUUUACAUAAGAUGAAAUAAGUUACCGAAGACAUUUUCCCAGAGCUUUCCAUUCGUCAGAACUGACCGACCAGACCAUUCCCGUCAUAAUGAGAAUUUCACUAUUAAUCAAAACUAUUCAGCCAGAUACAUGUGAUAUCCUGUACUUUUGACGUCAUUUUACCGGAUAUUGGUCAACGUUAUGAAGAAUAAGCCGUAGAAUUUAAACCGAUUAAAAAUUGAAUGAGAAAUAUUUGGAAUGCGAAUAAUAAUGUUUUAAACAGUAGAGAAGCUUUUCAUUAGCCUCCUCACCCGCUGACAGUCUGUGUGCAUUGAUUUUUUUAAAUUGGCUAUGAAAGUUUGAGACAAUGAAAUAAUUUAUUUUAGAAAAUUGUCUAUAUUUUUCCAUGAGUAACUCGAAACGUAUUUCGUGUCAAAAUGAUCCAGAAAACUCAUUCUAUUGAAACAAACGUUCAUCUUGGCACUUGGCAAAUUCUAAUCAAUGUCACAGGCUUUGUUUACAUCUAUUUGGCGCUUGUUUUCGAAUAAUUUGAGAGUGGUUUUGUUGGCACCUGUUUAUUUGGUGGGCUCGCGAAUUGUCUUCUCUCUGCCUGUGGAGACUACCUGUUGUUAUACCCAAGCCAUCUCGGCAAAAUUCAAAGUGAAUUCCUGUUGGUAUUCAUAUCAGGCCUUUCUUACAUCGCACAUUAACACUGCCUUGUUAUUUAUCAUGGUAUUUAACGCUUUUUGAGGCUGUGACAACAUAAAACAAGUCUUUUGUUGCUUCGAGGGCACAAGCAACCUCUAGAAUUAAGUUCAUCACCAAACUGGAAGUAACCAUUUUAGGAUUGUUGAACCCAUGCACGCCUUCGCAAGGUGAGAUUUAAUAUUUCAAAUCUAAUAUUUCCUCUCAUUCACUUGAAUUCGAAGACGAAAACAAUAUUAAAAGCCUCUUUUCUCGAAAUAGAGCAGUGAGUUUUUGCUUUUGAAACGUAGACUACCUUAUUACGUAUAUUCAUAGUGAUAAAAGAUACAUAUGCACAGUUACCAAAGGUUUAAUUCGUCUUAAAAACGUGUUAUUUUGUUUCAGUUAGGCGGUAAAAUGUUUGACACUUACACUUGCUUGACGCUUUGAAGAAAAAUUAUAAGAGAUAAGAUAAAAACAAUAAGCUUCGCUUUCACUUAUCUUCUUUUUUGAUUUUUUUCUGUUUUAAUUUAAGUUUAAAAACAAUCUAUGGUUAAUUAACACAAUAGACGGUUUAUUUGUCAGUUUCAAACUGAAGCCUAGCCAAUUUAUUUCUUUGUGUAAAAAAUCCACCAGAAUGCAAUGCGAAUCGAAAGCAAAAAAAAGCAUUUUCGCUCAGUAUUUGUUAGGAUAGAUGUACGUGAAGUCCAAAUAAGGACUGUCCUACCAGACGGACAAGAAGUUCAAUUUUAAAGUUUAAAUGAUUAUUCAUGGAAGCCUGCGCCCAGUUAUAUAGUCAGUGAAACCUGGCAAAUAAACAAAGUAAAGAAUUGAUCAGUUUAUUUUUGUGAAUCCUAGUUAGAAACACAUUAAUCGCACCAACAUUGUCUUUCACAAAGUUAACUCGCUAAUAAAUUAGGCUAAAACUGAAUUAAUUUUUUUCAAUUGCGUAAUAUUAAUUUGCGUUCAUCCUAUAUUAGCUAGUAUAUCGCUAAGUAAAGAUAUCUACGUAAACUAGUGAGUUCGCUUGAUAAUCUCAAACAAUAAAUCGAUUUAAUCCUCUUUAAUGAACACUUUAAUUAACACGUGUACUUGUCACAAUUAAUCAAUUUGCUACUUGGGUCACAAAUAUGUAACACUCUUUAAAAUAGCGUUUCUAAGUGAUUCGAACUGACAACCCUAACUCGUUUGUCAUAGAGAAAUAUGUGUCAAAGCCGUUAUUGAAAGGACAAAAUAAAAAUCGUCGUUGGAUUAAUGAGACAGAGCUAAUUUUAAAUGGUAUUUUCCAGAUCAGAUCUGUUUUAUUGAUUGAAGAUUCUAGAAGUUUUACCAUCUACCUUUAAUAGGUUUUGUGGUUCUAAAUGCAAAAAGCACCAUAUGAAGAAAAACAGCAAUUCUUGAGACGACAGCCUAAAACAAACGUUGUUACCUCAAAGUAAAGUCAAGGUUAAUCCAUGUUUUGGUGAAAUAAAAAGAUUGUCUUGCCUCACUGCGGUCCGUUGUGGUUAACCUUCUGCAAAAUAAUCGUAUAUAAAGUCAGAUAUUUAACUUGAGACGAUCUAUGCAUCUGCGACUAAACUUAAAAUAUAGGAUACUUAGCAUCCAAGUCAAAUUUGCACCUUGAUCGGCUAGGCCAACGCUUUUUAAAUGGUUUUUUAGUUGAGAAUUAAACCGUUUCUUUUUCCCCUUUUAAUAUGAGUGCUCUAGGAGUAAGCAAACUGCCGAUGUGUCAUAUUGUUAAGAAUCACUGCUAAAAACAAAUAACAUUCAAUUGUCUUUAAAGAGUUUAAACCGCGUUAUCUUGUUUCCUUUUGCUCUUUAAUUUUUGAAGAAUGCUUUUCGAAUCAUAUCCCAGACAAUUAAAUGUCCUUUUUGACCUAUUCACAUAAAUACUGACGUUUCAAACCAGUAACUUGUUUUUGUCGACUACAAAUUUUGUUGCAAAAUGGGAGCACAAGUCAGAGCUCAUUUAAUUUAAAUCGAUGUAAAAGCCCGUCUUUCGGUUUUCCGCGGUUUUCAUUUUGUUUUCAAAAGCUCGUUUUAUUUAAAAAACGUUUGGUUGGUGUUAAAGGGGCAAACUUUACAGAUAAUGGAUUAUUUUCUUAUAUUUAUUCUUUGCUCUUAUCAGGGUCAGGAUUUUUAAAUAGCGGCCGAUGAAGAAUGAGACAUGUAGGAGAAUGUACCCAAGACUACGCAUUCAUUUUCUCUGCUUGGUAGCUUUCUUUGUGACCUGCUAUCAACAUCCUGUUUUAGCAGGUAAUUUUUUUUUUCAUUAUUUUUAUUUUUCGCUUCUGUUGUUUCAGUUUGGCAUCAAAAUUUAAAAACAUUUGCGUCACAGGAACGCAAUAACUGCACCUCAUCAUAAACCGACAGUAAGCACUAUCUUGUCUUCUACUAGAGUGACUCAUAAGUUGUUGCACAGUGCUCGAUAUAAUAGAUAACUUUAGAUUCGAGGGCAAGAUCUGCUCCAGGAUGUAAACUGAGUACAGAAAAUAUGUGGUGCUAGGGUGAUCCGACAAAAAUGGAGGCGUGUCAGUGGGUAAUCACGGCAAUUAAGGUGGACAAAAUCGUUUGGCGUUACCACGAGCUGAUAAACUGCUAGCAGCUGCUGAAAGUUGUUAACGCUAGUAAAGAGAGCAGAAGAAUCCAAAUUGCGUGUUUGUUUUUGUCAACUAUUUUGUCAACUAUAGAUCCGCCACUGCUCCAUGUAAACAGCUCUCUUAGAAAAUAAAUGUGGGGGAUUAAAUUUCAAAAAAGCUUACCCUGAUUGUAAUUUGACAUGGUUUGCACUCUUUCGGAAAGAAAAAGUGUAAAUUUUUACCCUUCUUGCUUAUGUAAAUUUCGAUAUUUUCAGCGAAAAAAAUCAAAUUAGUUUUAAGACAUUUGCAUCAUUUCAACAGCAAAUGUGUAGGUUUUCACUAUUAAGUAGUUUAAUAAUUUUUGAGUCUACUGUGUUCACCUAGAAAAACCGAUGUAUAUUGGGUAUAACUUCGGCACAGAGGAUAGAAAUGAAUCUAAAUUUUAUACACAGAAGUAUAGCUAUAUCCAACUGGGGCAGUAAGUCUCGUGAUAUGUCACGUGGUCUCGUGAAAUUUUUUCUGAAAAUCCUCAGUAAAACUGUCAACGCCUUAAAGAAACUCACAGGAAAUCAAGUAAUAACAUUUUGAUGAAAAUUGAAAUACUCAGUCAUGUCUUGAUCAUAAGCUGUCCUAGCACUUCAAUAAAAAGUUAUGAGAGCAAACGUCAUUUCAAAGGCUAAAUUCAAAUUCAGUCUUAAAUUGUUCAAAACUUCAAUUGUAAACUUUGAGUACUUUCAUAUAUCCUCUCUCCUCAAACAACAUUUAUUAAACCAUGCAAAUUAAACAUUAAUUCGCCACCAAUUCACUGAUUUCUUUUGAAAAUUUAAAUUUUUGACCACGCAGCAUGUCAAGUGAACAUACUGCAGUUAUAAGUGAAGAAACAAGAAGGUCUCACGAUUAACAUUUGGGGAAAAUUUCAUCUUGUUCUAGGUAUUCCAGCGACAGAUAUCUCCAAUCAGUAAUAUUUUGCGAACACACGUUUGACACUGGCCUUAAAAAUUCUUGAGAAAGUUUUUUUUUUUAAAUGCCAUUUUUUGCCCUCAGCAGUAUUUAAAAUAGCACUAAUUCAAAGA